AACUUGCCGGAUUUGGAACAUGGGAAUCUGCUUCCGGGGCGGAGGCCUCAGCAGCGAGAUGGGAAAGAUGGCGGCCGUCGUGAACUCUAUGGCGACUUUGGCGGCAGAGCCUGGGGAGGACGCGUUUCGGAAACUUUUCCGCUUCUACCGUCAGAGCCGGCCCGGGACCGCAGACCUGGGAGGAGUCAUCGACUUCUCGGCCGCCCACGCAGCGCGCGGCACGGGUCCUGCUGCCCACAAGGUGGUCAGAUCUCAGCUAAGUGUGUCCUCAGUCAGUGAGCACGAUUUACGUAGAGCAGGACUUCAGCCAGUCAGCAAGUGGCGAGCCUAUGGACUUGAAGGCUAUCCUGGAUUUAUUUUUAUCCCAAACCCCUUCCUCCCAGGUUACCAGUGGCACUGGGUGAAGCAGUGCCUUAAGUUUUAUUCCCAGAAACCUAACGUAUGUAACCUGGACAAACACAUGACUAAAGAAGAGACCCAAGAUCUGUGGGAACAGAGCAAAGAGUUCCUGAGGUAUAAAGAAGUGAAUAAACGGAGACCCCGAAGUUUACUGGAGAAACUACGCUGGGUGACCCUGGGCUACCAUUAUAACUGGGACAGUAAGAAAUACUCAGCAGAUCAUUAUACACCUUUCCCUUCUGACCUGGCUUUCCUCUCAGAGCAAGUAGCCACUGCCUGUGGAUUUCAGGGUUUUCAAGCCGAAGCAGGUAUCCUGAAUUACUACCGCUUAGACUCCACACUGGGAAUCCACGUAGACAAAUCUGAACUAGAUCAUUCCAAACCCUUACUGUCAUUCAGCUUUGGACAAUCUGCCAUCUUUCUCCUUGGAGGCCUCAACAGAGAUGAGGCCCCCACAGCCAUGUUUAUGCACAGUGGUGACAUCAUGGUGAUGUCAGGUUUCAGCCGCCUGUUGAACCAUGCAGUCCCUCGGGUCCUUCCAAAUCCCGAGGGGGAAAGCCUGCCACACUGCCUUGAGACGCCUCUCCCAGCUGUCCUCCCCAGAGAUUCAGUGGUAGAACCCUGUUCUGUGGAGGACUGGCAGGUGUGUGCUAGCUACUUGAAAACUGCUCGUGUUAACAUGACUGUCCGACAGGUACUGGCCACAGACCAGGACUUCCCUUUGGAAUCCAUGGAGGAGAAAAAAAGACACAUCACCACAAAAAGUUUCUGCCAUCUGGAUGACCAGAACAGCAAAGUAAAACGGGCUAGGGUAAACUCUGACAGCUGAGACUUGGAGGUCCCAUUCUUUUGCUCAGGCUGGUCUUACAGUAGAUGACCAUGCUAUUUUAUAUUGUCAUGGACUUAGCACCAAGACAAGCCAAAAACAGAGACGGAGAACUCUUCAUUGAUCCCACUGUUGCCUUGGAACCCAUCCUGAAAAAUAAACUGAUCACUUUGCAAAGAGAAGUAUUUGACAUGGUCCAGACGUAGUUAGAUGUUGGCACUAAUGUAUGUCAGGAAGUCAGUCCAAGGAGUUUUGAUCUUCCACGACAGCCUUCACAGCCUCUGCCAUUACCUCUGAAGGAGGUAGAAGUGAGUUUCCAUGUCUGCAGAGUCUUUAAAUACCUCAGAUUUUAUUAUUGGGAAGUACAGUACCCCUCUCUCCACAGUAUCUGAUGGUUUGUGGUAAAAUUGUGGUUCCGUGAACCAGCCAUUAGUCUCAUCUUCUUAAUUCCUGUAGUCAUCACAGUCUUUGAUCUUCUCUUCCAUCUUCUCUGGCUCUCACUGAAGAAUCCCAUACACCUUAAGACAAUGGAACCGGAAAUCUUGUCCUACAGACAGUAAAUUAACUACAGCUGUCUCUUGCCUAAAAGAUAAAUAAUAUGUGUAAACCGAAGCAAAGGGGAACAUGAGUUUCUCCACACGUCUUUUAGGUUUCCAAACUCUCCCUGUUGGCUUUUUAAUGCAGUUUUAAUUGUUGGAUUAAAAGCGUCCUGAGGGUGCUCUGUUACUGUUUCCUCUGUGAAUGAAUUUACUCCAUUUUAAAUUAAAGAUCUCUGUCUUUGAGG